GUGAAAUGUUCUCUAGUUUAAAACUUUGAAUCAAAUAGUCAACUGGUUUUAUUAAUUAUUAUAUAAAGAAUUCCUUUUCAAAUAUCAAAAAGUAAACGAUGUUCUAGUCAAAGAGAUCCGGCUAGUUGCUUGGUGUUUACAUACUUUCUUCCGCGUAAUUCUGAUUUUCUGUCUUCCUUGCUUUUAUUCUUUUGACUUUGUUCCAUCAAUUGUUCUGUUUGAAUAUCAAAGUUGAAGGUGCAAUGUUCUGUUCAUCCUCAUUCAUUUCCUUGUGAGAGAGUUUUGUAAAGAGAGAAGAAAAAGGAGCAAUACCCCAGUAAACAUUGAUCCUUUUGUUCUAGAGUUUCUGAUAUGAUUGAACUGCCCUCAUUCAUUUUUUAUGUUCCUAAGUUUCUUUAAACUCAGAGAGGGAAAAGAACGAAGAAAAAAAAUCUAAUAUCUUUUUGGCUUUCAUAUCCUGAACUGUGGAACGUGCUGUGGAAAGGGCUAUAAAAGACUAUGAAGACUCCAAAUGAGAUAAAUAACUAGUGAUUAAAGUUGAAAUUAGGUUGAGUUUUUUUCCUCUUCAGACAUCUUGUGGAUUGAUCGGUGACUUAUAUCACCUGUAGUGUGCAGUUUCAAAUAAGUAUUGCUAGUAAGAUUGUCAGGGAUGGCUGAUCAAAUUGUUCUAGCUGUUGCUGCAAAGAUUACAGAAUACCUGGUUGCACCAGCAAUUUGUCAUCUUAGUUAUGCGUUCCGUUUUGCCAGUAAUGUUGAGGACCUCAGGAAAGAGACUGAAAAGCUGACAGUUUCGCAAGGGCGGUUGCAAAAUGAUGUCAAUGAAGCCAUAAGGCAAACUGAAGAAAUUGAAAAAGAUGUGGAGGACUGGCUUACAGAGGCAAACAAAGUCCUGGAAGAUGUGAAGCUCCUGGACAGUGAAAUAGAAGAAAACAGAAGGUGUUUUAAUUGGUGUCCUAAUUGGUACUGGCGUCAUCAAUUAGGUAAGAAAGUAGCAAAGCAGAAGCUCAAUGUUGUUCAGCUUCAAGAGACUUCCAAAUUUCAACGAGUAGGACACCGUGCUACCCUUCCUGUAAUAGAAUUCUUACGACUCAAGGAUUUUAUGCCAUCUAAAUCUUCAGAGAAAGCUUUCAAUCAGAUUAUGGAGGCCUUGAAGGACGAUGAUGUGAGCAUGAUUGGACUGUAUGGAAUGGCCGGAGUAGGUAAGACAACCAUGGCAAAAGAAGUUGGAAAGAAAGCCACAGACCUGAAGCUUUUUAAUUUAGUAGUGAUUGCUGUUGUCUCUCAGACUCCAAAUAUCAAAAACAUUCAAGGUCGGAUUGCAGACUCAUUAGAUUUACGGUUUGAAAAGGAAACUGAAGAAGGACGAGCAGCUCAGUUAUGGCAUAGACUGCAGGAAAAAAAGAAGAUCUUCAUAAUCCUUGAUGAUGUUUGGAAGGAACUCGACUUGGCAGCUAUAGGAAUUCCAUUUGGUGCUGAUCAUAAGGGUUGCAAAAUUCUUCUCACAACACGACUUCAAUAUGUAUGUACCAGAAUGAGAAGCCAAAUGAAGAUUCAACUAGAUGUUUUAUCCAAUGAUGAAGCCUGGACCUUAUUCAAACACAAUGCAGGUUUAAAUGAUGCACCUGGCUACGGUGAAUUGAUUGAUGUAGCACAAAAGGUUGCUGGAGAAUGCAAGGGAUUGCCUCUUGCAAUUGUAACUAUUGCCAGGGCCCUAAGAGAAAAACCUCUAGAUGAGUGGAUAGUAGCAAAUCGUCAACAACAAAAAAGCUCUCAGCUUGCAGAGAAUCAAGAUUUCUGUGAAGAUAUCUAUGGAUGUCUUAAGUUCAGUUAUGAUUACUUGAAGGGAAGAAAAAUCAAGUCAUGUUUCUUGUUGUGUUCCCAUUUCCCGGAAGAUUAUGAGAUUAGUAUCGAGCAGUUGACUAGAUAUGGAAUUGGCCAAUGCUUAUUCCAGGAUGUUAACUUCAUUGAAGAUGCAAGGAGAGAAAUGCGAGUAAUAUUAACCAAUCUCCAAUACUCUGGUUUGUUGUUGGACACUGGCAAUGAAGAAACUGUGAAAAUGCAUGAUGUCAUCCGUGAUUUUGCCCACUGGAUAGCGUCAGAAGCAGAGAAUGUGAUGAUAAAAGCAGGCCUUGGGUUAGAUGAAUGGCCAAAUUCUGAAAGCUUGAGAUGUUGUAAAACAAUCUCCUUGAUGAACAACAAAAUAGAACAUCUUCCUGAUAAAUUGGUAUGCCCAAAACUGGAAACUUUAUUGAUGAGUGGGAAUCCUUUGAUGGCUAUUUCAAGUUCAUCUUUUGAAGGGAUGAAAACCCUCAAAGUAUUAACUCUUUCAGGUGGGUUAUUGCCAUCUCUGGGAGGAAUUCUAUGGUUGACAAACCUGAGAACCUUACACCUAGAGGGAUGCAAACUCCAUGACAUCUCAUCAUUGGGACAACUGUACAAACUUGAGAUUCUAGACUUUGGUGGUUGUUAUCUCGAUAAUAUAGCAGAUGAAAUAGGGGAAUUAACUAAUUUAAGAUUGCUAGAUCUGUCCUAUGCUGAUGGACACUGGAAAAUUCCACCUAAUCUGAUACGAAGGUUAUCCAAACUGGAAGAGCUAUAUAUUGGUGAGUUUAGCUUUAGCCAAUGGGCCGUUGAAGGGAGAGGUGAGGAGGCAACUACUGCUAGUUUAUCAGAGCUGAAAUCAUUGUCCCGUUUAACUGCACUAACAAUGAAGGCUAAUUCUAUAUGUUUGCCAAGAUACUUUGUCUUCCCUAAAUUACAAAGGUACAAGAUAGCAAUAAAUCAAUGUUUUGACCACCGCUAUCCAAGCUCAAGAAGCUUGAAAAUUGCAGGAUUCCCGUUAAGUCCUUUUAAGGAGCUGUUUUCUGAUAUUGAGUACCUUGAUUUGGAUAGUAUCAUUGGCCAUCAAUGCCUUGUUCCAAGCUUGGAUCAAAGAGGUUUAAACAAAUUGACUUUUCUUUGGCUCAGACGUUGUAGGCAUAUGCAAUGCCUGAUUCAGACAGUACAGCAGCAGGUUCCUGCCCUUGCAUUGUUUAAUCUAGCAGAAUUAUUCAUUGAAGAUAUGGUUUCCUUGACAGAGCUAUGUAAUGGUCCGAAACCAACAGGUUUUCUACAGAAAUUAGAAAAGUUUACUGUGAAAAGUGGUGCCGCUAUGAUCUCUACAGUUCCAGUAGAAAAACAUUUAAGAGAGGUGACUGUCAUAAACUGUCCUAUGUUGCUAGCAGUGUUUCAGUUGGAUAGUCUGCUACAUACUGGGGAAGAAAAUCAUGCCAUACUGCUUUCAAACUUGGCUUACUUAGAGCUUGAGCUAUUACCUAACUUGGUGCGUAUAUGGGAAGGGCCCAUCGAUCGUGUAAGCCUUCAGAGUCUUAAGACUGUGAAAGUACAGAGUUGUGAUAAAUUGGCAUCUCUCUUCUCUCCAGUGCUUGCUCAAGGUCUUUUGCAACUUGAAACACUUGAAGUACAUGACUGCUCUGGAAUGAAGCAUAUUGUCCAAGAAACAGUUGACUCUGAUUCCCAUCCUCUGGGCUUGCCAAAAUUAACAACUCUAAAGAUCUCUUCUUGUGAUAUUUUGGAAUAUGUUUUUGCAAACUCUACAGUCCCAGAUUUUCCACAGCUAAAAGAAAUUAACAUUACUAAUUGUACUCAGUUGAAACAAGUUUUCAGCCUUGGAAAAGAAUUGGAUGGCAGGGACAUUGUUCUACCUCAACUACAGUUGUUAGUACUUAAAAACUUAAAAAGCUUGAGCAGUUUCUGUCCCGAAAACUGUGUUAUUGUGCAGCCAUCUUUGGACGUGUUAGAGAUUGAAGAAUGCCCCUUGUUGGAACCUUUUACUUUUGAAGACAUGACGAAGGCUCAAAUCAAGAAACUAUGGCUCUCUAAGAUUGGAAAUAACUGUCGACAGUGCAACAGUGUUGGCAUCCAGGGAAGACAGAGGUCACCUGAUAUGGAAUAUUUAACAGUUGGCAACUGUGAAGAGAUAUUUCAACUUGAAGGCGGAUUCUUCCUCUCAAGUCUGGAGAAACUACAACUGAAAGAUCUGCAAGAGUUACAAGUGAUAUGGAAAGGUCCUUCACAGAUUGCAACCCUUCAAAACCUUACUCAUCUGGAAGUAGUUGAGUGUAAGAGACUAAGACAUAUCUUCUCACCUAUGCUUGCUCGAAAUUUUCUGCAAUUGAAGGACCUACAUUUGGAAGGAUGUGAGGAACUGGAGCAAAUCAUUGUCAAAGAUCAAAUUUCAUUAUCUUCUUCAAAGGAUCGUCUUCAAGCUAUAAGCUUCCCUAAUCUGACCAAAAUAUGGAUAAACAACUGCGACAAACUGAAAAUUCUCUUCCCUGUUAGUGCUGCUCGUGGUCUUCCAAAACUUGAAGAGUUGAAAAUAGAAGAGGCGUCAGGUAUAGAGCAAGUGUUUGGACAUGAGGAUGGAGCAAACAUUACAAAUGAAGAGGAUAUGGCGCUUCCUAAGUUAAAGAAAUUAGAUAUCCUCCACCUACCAAGCCUUGUCAGUUUCUGCCCAUCCGAUUAUCUUAUAAUGUUCCCAUCAUCGUUCACUGCAACAGUAGAAGACUGCCCCAACUUGACCACAUGUUUCACUGUUGAUAUAAAAAGCUUGAUACCUUCUGGCACACAGAAGCCACGUCUUCAAAAGGAAAAGAGACUGUCUAAAACACAGGGAAAAUGCUUCCUAGAUUUGAAAGAAUUGAGAAUUAAAAGUUGUGGAGUGCAAGAGGUGUUUCAGCUCAAGGGUCUUCCUCUUCUAACUACAACCGAAGAACAUCAAUGCUACUGCUCAAUGUUGGGGAACAAAUUUGACAUAUUUGACAUACUUGAGUCCUGCAAGAGUUUAAGCCUUAGUGGUCUUACUACUUUGGAGCUGUCCAAAUGUAAGAGAUUGAAACACAUUUUCACACCCACCCUUGCUCGAAAUCUGCCACGGCUGAAGGACCUGAGUAUAUGGGAAUGUGAGGAUUUGGAGCAAAUCAUUGCCAAUGAUGAUGGUAAGGGAAGGGACCAAAGUUUAACAUCAACAUCAUCAAGGGGUCAUUUUCAACCUAUAUGUUUCUGUGCACUGAAUAAAGUCAAAAUUGGAAGCUGCAAUAAAAUGAAAAGCCUCUUUCCGGUUAAUGUUGCUAUGCCAAAACUAGAAAUACUCAAAGUUGAAGGUGCUUCAGAACUAAAGCAACUAUUUGGAGAUAAAGAUGAAGAAGCAGGUGCUCAGGAAGAGAAGCAAAUAGUGCUCCCUCAAUUGUGGAUGUUGGAUCUCCUUCAACUCCCAAGCCUUAUCACUUACUGCCCAAGGGGUUACCAUCUUUUAAUUCCCAAUUUGAUUUACUCAAAGGUUGAAAAUUGUCCCAAGCUUUGUGUGAAUGCCAAGACAUAGAGGCUACCUACAGGAUAAACAAAGAUGCAUCAGAAGAAUCAGAAUACAGUUUAACAAGAAUGUAAAACCAAGUUAAAGCAUCAAUCUGAAUUAUACUAGCUUCUCUGCUGCUACAUGUUUAGCAUAUUAACAAGUUUCAUCUACCUCAGUUGUUUUUGGGUGGUUCAUUUGUAUCAACAUCCUAACCAUCUUUAGUAUUGCAUACAUGAAUAAAUAGGUGGUUGAUCAAGCUUUGACUUCCCACCCCUUCAUUCAAUGGAUUUGUCCAAGUGACAGGAUGUUUGUUUUCAAUAUCAUUUUGGUUCUUUAUUUCAUAUAUUCUUACAAAUUACAACUGAAUAUUACAAACACUCAACAGCAUUUGAAUGGAUGAAUCAAAAGGGAAUUCCAAGCUAGUAUCACUUAAAAAUAUACUUGACCGCCUGGUAUAUAGUCUAUAUAGUAUAUAGCAUGAAUCAGACACUACAAGAAGUUGUUUUCCUUCAAGCUCUUGGAAAGUAUCCUUUAAACUAAGGUUAAAACCUAGGCCUUUCACUCUCUCCUGAGGUACCUGAAAUGCUAGCAUAUAGAAUAUUGCUUCUCAUCUGUGCAUCUGCCAUAACCAAAAAACACGUUUGGUAUUCACUCAGAUGUCUAUUAGCAUAACCAAAUCAGAUAUAUUCUAACACUUGAAGCUUAGGAGUGAACCAAAUAAUCCAUGCAAUUAACUAGGCAAAUUAAUUUAAAAAAGAAAAACCUUCUUGUUUUUUUAUUAAUACUAUAUUAGUGUUACAAAUUUCCUAUACCUACUCUUAUUACUUUGUCGUCAUAGAUUUUGG